GGCGUGUUUGGAAGCUCUACUACCGCCUAACACCAUGCUGUCAUCGUUUCUUACCUUGGUCUCGGUUCUUGUGGUGGAAUUCAGUGUGACGCCAUGCAGCGGGUUCGUGCUGCUGAGGCGACCCUCUGCACGGCCGUCGUCGCGGGCAGGUCUGAAGAUGCAGCUGCAGUCGGUGCAGCCACUAGAGAGGGAGAUCCAGCGAGUGGAGGAGGACGAGGCCAAUGCGGCGGCAGGGAGGAAGGUGAAGCAUGUGCUGACGCUGAUCCGGCAUGGGCACUCGGUGUGGAAUCAGGACAACAUCUUCACCGGCUGGGUGAGCUGCUGUGCGGGCAAACCCACACAUCAGUGCAUGCACUGCUGUCUGUGAGUGACAGCUGUAUGUGUGUGUGUGUGGUCGGUGACAUCAGGUUGAUGUGCCUUUGGCCAAGGACGGUGAAGCAGAGGCUCGCGAGGCGGGUCAGAUCAUGAAGGCGGCCGACAUCAAGCCGGACAAGGUGUAUGUGUCGGUGCUGAAGCGGGCCAUCCAAACCACCUGGAUCGCUCUCGAGGAGAUGGACAGGAUGUGGCUGCCGGUCGAGUGCAAUUGGCGGCUCAACGAGCGGCACUACGGCGGCCUCAGUGGACUCAACAAAAUCGAAACGGUGCAGAAACACGGAGAGGAACAGGUUAGUGAAUGAGUGGAGGGAGGGAGGGAUGGACAAGGGAUGGAGGGAGGAAAAGGCAGCAUGGGAUGGAGGGUGUGUGUGGUGUGUGUCAGGUUCACAUCUGGCGUCGGUCGUAUGACAUCCCACCGCCCCCUGUGGACAAACACAGCCAGUACUGGCCGGGACACGACGAACGGUGACUGAGUCAGUCAGUCAGCAGGCAGGGAUGACACCACACGCGCCAGCCCAGCCAUCGUGCACAUGUUGGUUGUGUGGCUGCACAUCAUCUCAUCCGUGUGUGCAUGUGCAGGUACAAGUUGGUGCCCGAGGAUGAGCUGCCGCUGAGCGAGUCCCUCAAGCUCACCAAGGACCGCUUCAUGGUGGCCUGGCAGGGCAACAUCGUACCCGACCUGAUGGUAUGGCCGGCCAGGAACCAACACACGCUCCAGUAGCUAGCUACUUUUGCCCUUGUGUUGCCCUUGUGUGGUCUCUUGUUUCAUUCAUUCAGGCGGGCAAGAGGCUGCUGGUGUCGGCACACGGCAACUCGCUGCGAGCACUCGUCAUGCACCUGGACGACAUCAGCAAAGAAGUCAUACCCUCCCUCAACGUAGGCAGGCACACCAGCACAGCACUAAAUGCUGUGUGCGCCUGCACCGGGAACGGCUCUUCAUGUGUGUGUAUGUGUGUGCAGAUCCCGACGGGUGUGCCGCUGGUGUACUACCUGGACAAGCAGUUGAAGCCCCUGAGGCAUCCCGACGCCAUCGAGCCGCUGAGCGGGCAGUAUCUGGGUGACCAGGAGAAGAUCAAGGCUAGGAUCGGCGCCGUCAAGGCACAGACGGGGGCCAAGUGAGGUGAGAGAGUGCG